ACUCAAGUCCAGUUGCUCAUUCUCCAUCAUUGAUUAUUUCAAUUGUCUACUCUUCCCACUCUACUGCUGGCAAUAGGGUAAAAAGGAAGAACUGUAUAUCGGACGACUUUUCCAUAUCUUGAUAAGAAGGUUCUUCAAGAUCAGAUAAUAUAAUUUAAGAGAUGAGUUCCGGAUCGGGAACGCCGGAAAAUGGAGGAAUGGGCAGCGGAUCAAACCCAACAAUGUCUCGUUCUGGCAGUAUCUCUUCUGUGUCUUCGCUGCGAACCCUCCCCGAUGAGGCCCUGAAGGGAAGCUGGCGCCGUCGAUGGGGCCGCCGUCGGAGUGUCAGUAUGGUGAAAUCUACGAGCAGUUUGUUCUUUCCAGAAAAGCACACCAGCUCUGGAGAGGCACUCGAUAUGAUGGAUACAGCUUCAUCGGUGUAUGACUACCCAGAUGCCAGAAGUGCUCUUCUAAUGUUGCAGGAGAGGAUGUACCAGUUGAAUGCCUCUGGACUUGCUGAUAGGACAAUGGAUGCACAGACUGUGGACGAAAUAUUUGAGCUGGCGCUAGAUGCGGAGCAUAGUGAUUUGGGUGAAAACCAGCGAGAGGCCAUGCGACGACUGAGCAAAGAGAAAAAAUUACAGCUUAUUAGACAGCUUUUGGCAAAGCAGGAAUCUAAAACGGCUACUGAUGGAGACAAGGGACCAUCAUACUACAUAGAAUUCAUUCAGAAUGCCGCGGUGACCACGCUUCAUCACAAGAAUCGCACCAGCCAGCUUGUCGGGCUUGUAACUCGAUCCAUGACCGGGAGCGGUGGAAAGCAGCAUCAUUUACGAGAUGUUCUUGCUGAACUCAAAGUCCAAUGCUCUUGUCAGACCGUAAGUUGGCUUUUGGACUUUAUGGAGCAGGGUGGGUUUCGUGUGUUGUUCAGCUUGCUCGAGGCGAUGCAUAGAAAACCAGACAGGAAGCUCAAGCACUACGAAACCGAAUCAGAAGUCCUCAAGAUACUGAAGAUUCUCGUAAACCACAAUAGAGGCGUUACAGAGCUCUUAAGCAAUCCAAGCUACCUAAACAUCCUCAUCUUAUCUCUCGAUUCUCCCCUACUCCCUGCCCGGACGUCGGCAGCAGAUUUUCUUUUGGCGUUAGUCACCCUCGAGUAUCCAAGAGGUCAUCGUUUAGUUAUGAGAGCGUUCGAUUACUUCCGUUCUUCCCGAGAUGAUCUGCAUACUUUCGAGCGACUGGUACGGGCCUUGGAGAGUUUGAUCAACACACGAGGAGUGUUUGGAACGACAGUUGGGGCAAAAACUGAUGUGAAGGACACGAUUGUACAUUUCGGGGACAAGAAUAGGGAGCAGAUGCAGAAAGACAUAAAGGACUUUCUGAUAUCGGCAGUGACAUUACUUCGGUUAGUAGUGGACAUACCUCAAGAGCUGGAGUACAGAAUUCACUUGAGAAAUGAGCUACUAGCAUCAGGUUUUAGUCGUGUACUAAAACGACUGCGUACAUGGGCACCGGCAGAAUUUGCUGAGAUCCUCACACAUGUGGAUGCAUUUGAGUAUCGGGCAGCGGCUGACCAUCAGGAGUUUGCAGAUGACAUUGGCGAUAUAAUGGGCAUUGAUAUGGAGAACCCGCAACAGCUGCUUGAAACAUUGCUUGGCUCAUUUCGCGAAACAGAAGGUGGUCGAGGCUAUAUAACAUCCAUCCUUCAACACUUACUGAUCCCGACUCGAUUGAUUGAUGGGGUAUCACGUACCAAGGUACUUCGAUUAUUGGAUCUCAUGAUUGCCCAAGUUGUUCUCGAUCGGAAUGGAAUCGACCCAAGCUUCACUGAUAUGUAUCGGAUAUCCGUGGAAGAUGCAAUGGAAGGAAUUUCUGAACAACUGGCGGAAGAAAAUGAAGUGUUACGAACAAGGUUGGACCAGAUGGGAUGUUCUCGAGACGCUGGACAUGAUGAUAAAGGAGAUCGUCAGGGCGAUGCCAAAAAACCAGCAGAUGACGCCAUAUUAGCGUUGCAACACCAGUUGGAUGAGGUUUACGAAAAACAUAAUCAAGCGCUGGCAAUGCAUCAGAAGGAAUUGGAUGAUAUAUUGCAAGCCAUUGCAAGCUAUGGACAGGAUCUUCAAGGCACGGAUUCGGCGUAUGGCUCUCGCACUGAUUUAACUGGUGGCAAAUGCCAUACUUCGUCGGAAGAGGUGCAAAAUGCUUCCGGAACAGCUGUGAUAUCCACGACAACCAGUGAAGCAUCCUUGAUUCCGGCCCCACUGUCCUCUACCCCCAGCGACGCCAGUUUGGCGCCAACCUUAACAGUACCUGCUCCAUCACUACAUCCAACCGUAUCAACAGCAUCUCCCCCUUUACCUCCCCCAGGAGUGCCACCACCACCAGCAUUCGGAGGCCCACCACCUCCGCCGCCGGGAGCUGGGGGUCCUCCUCCUCCACCAGGCUCAGGAGGGUUUGUGAUAGGAGGAAUACCGAAGAGACCACAAAAGUAUCGACCUUCAGUCCAAGUUCGGCGAUUUCAAUGGGACAAGGUCCCGGAGAGCGAAGUGUCACAAACCAUAUGGGCAAAGAAGCUGGCGUUGAAAACAAAGCUGGACGAUAAUGAAGAGCCUAAUAGUUCGGACCUCGAAAAGAUCGCUGAAAAAUUAGGGGUGUUCCGUGAAGCGGAGACACUCUUUGCCUUAAAAUCUGGCAAGAUGAGAAAUACUGCAGGUGGUGAUGUUGAUGGGUCUGUACCAAACACACCCAUCGUACAGCAUGUCGAAUUAAUUGAUGGGAAGAAAGCGCAGAAUAUAAUGAUCUUUUUGGCAAAGUUGAAGAAGUACAACUUGGAGGAAUUGCGUGAUGCCAUCCUCGGCGCUGAUCAAACCAUCAUCACCGAAACCGUGGCAAAGCACAUGAUUGAGCACUUGCCAACGAGAGACGAGAUAGCCGUACUGAAAGACUAUCGAGAAGAAGGGCGCCCACUUCGACAGGCAGAAGCUUUUCUAAAGGAGCUACUGAAAAUUGACCGAUAUGAGGAACGUUUACGUGCUCUUCAGUUCAGCGGAGGGUUUCCCGAGCGUCAUGCGGCGAUUGAGCAGGACAUUUCCGUCUGUUCAUCUGCGUUGACCGCGCUUCAAACAUCCGAGGCAUGGACCGGAUUACUCGAGUUUAUUUUAACUAUAGGAAAUUACUUGAACAGCGGCAGUUUUAUUGGGCAGGUCCAUGGUUUCAGAAUUGGAAGUCUCAACAAGCUUGUAAAUACAAAAGCCACUAGCAAAGUAUCACUCCUUCAUUUCAUAGCUGGGACAGUCGAUGCAAAGUUCCCUCAAUUCAAGUCCUUCAUAAAUGACUUGAAAGACGUCUACCCUGCUGCACGCGUGUCGUUUCCAACAAUGCAAGAGGAUCUGGAAGAAAUGCGGCGUGCACUAGGAAUGGUCCGUACUGAAGUUGAAUUCCAGAAAGCACAAACUCGUGCUUCAAUCGAUGGUCGGCUUGUGAAUCCCAAAGAUCGCUUUGCGGAUGUUAUGGAUUCAUUUCUGGAGGACGCGAGCACUAAGUUUAGUCAUCUUGAUGAGCGCCAUCGAAAGCUGCUUGCACUGUUUGAAAGCACUGUCAUUCUAUAUGGAGAGGAAACAGCCAAGACAUCGCCUGAGGAGUUCUUUACUCUCUUUACGACAUUUUUGGACUCGUUCGCUAUUGCGCUUGCGGAAAGCAAGAAAGAAAGGGAACGGGAGGAAUUGCUGGAGAAGCGAAGGAAGGCACAAGAGGAACGGGAAGCAAUGCGACGCAAGCGACAUGAGAUCGAGCCAUUCAAGAUGCCAACACUAAUGUUACCAACGGGCGACUCCGGCGGCGGAUUGGCGAUGGACGAUCUCUUGGAAUCUUUGAAGCGGGGGAAUAUCCCGGGGGGUGGAGGUCGCCCCAAGCCACGUCUUCCUCAAACAGCUGCUCUUGCGGAAAGAGCAUCAUCAAGACAAGCAUCUACUUCGAGUAUUGGAAAUAAGGCACUAGAGCUGUUGGUGUCGUUAAAGGGCGAGGAUCAGACGAUUGAGGGCUAG